AUGCAUACUAAGAACAUUUUGACGAUUUUUGCCCUCACAACUUCUGUUCUUUCUGCUCCCAUACCAUCUCCUAAAUUCUCAAGUCUUGGCUCAGCCUUUGGCAACUUGAAUUGGAACGGCGUGGGCAAUUCUGUUGGCAAUGGAAAUGAGGGUAACGGGAAUGAUAACGGUGAUGGAUCAGGAUCGAACAAUGGAAACGGGAACGUUUUUGGAAACGAAAAUGCUAUUGGUAGCGGAAACUCCGGCAUCGACAUCUUGAAGCGCGGCUAUGGCUCAAACAUUCUGGGCAGCGCUUUUGGAAACUUGAAUUCAAAUGGUGGGGGAAAUGCUGUUGGAAAUGACAAUGCUCACAAUGGCAACGGUAAUGGUGUUGGAUCAGGAUCAUGGGAUGGGAAUGGUAAUACAUUCGGCAACGGGAAUGCUAUUGGGAGUGAUAACUCAGGAAUAAGCAUCUUGAAGCGUGGAUCUGGUUCAAAUGUCUUGGGCAGUGCCUUGAGCAACUUGAAUGGGAAUGGCAAUGGCAACUCCGCCGGAAACGAGAACUGGGGCAAUGGAAACGGAAAUGGAGAUGACAGCGGAAGUUCGGAUGGCAACGGCAACAUUUUCGGAAACAAGAAUGCCAUCGGGUCAGGAAACUCAGGAUUCAGCAUCCUCAACAAGGUGCGUCGCCAAUCCGACGCGGCCGAUGUAAUUCCAGAGCAAACAGUCACGGGACUUAACAAAGAUGUCACCGAAGUCUUCAAAAGCUUUCUCCCAACGGGUCUACCAGGAAUCAUCAAAGGUGCAGCCACCGGUACCGAGUCAGAUUUUGGAAAGGGACAAAAUGGAAAACGCCAAUUGGUGUUGACUGGUCUAGGUGAUAUCAUCGCACAGGAUGUUGCUGCUUUCAUUCCCUAG